CGGCGAAGGAGGAGGUCACAACUAAUAGAAAAAAAGCUCCGAAAAAACAAGCAUACACACACAUCGAAUGAGAACAACCAAAGCAAGGCAGAGAGCGAGAGAGAGAGAGCAAAAGCACUUAAAAAGCCUAAAAAUAAUAUGGCGGCAGCAAAAAAGAAAAGGAAACGAGACGAGACAAGCCAACAAAAAGCUAAUCGGAAUGAAAACAUUUGUGGGGCUCAGCGACGUUGUUGUUGGAUGAGGUGGGAAGAGUAAGAAGAAGACCAACAAGAGCCCAAAGCAACGCACACAUACUACAAAUGGUGCAUGCACACACGCACGGGCUGGCACAAAAUGAAAAAUGAAAUGACAAAGACAGGCACAGUGGGUCAUGAGUGGUGGAUAUUUGAAACAUUAAUAAACUUAAAACUUAAUAAAUCAACUCAAUACGUAUGUCUAUUAUAUAAUUCUAUUUUACUAAACGUUUUCAUUUUACUUAUCGUAACAUUGUUUAUAUGUAUAAAAAGUUUGGAAAAAUUGCUGUUCUAAAAAAUUGACCCACUGUACUCUUGGUUCUCAAACUGCAACUGUAAAGCAAUCCAAUAAUAAUGGAUCGCUUACCACUGUUCAAUGGGGUGGAGAGAAUAAGAUUUCGCUCUGCCUCUGCGCAUACGCUAUCCUCCCCUUCUCAACCGACACACCCGUGUGUUACUGACAAGCACAACUAAUAAUAAGAGCGGACACAGAAAGCGAUACGACCACACCCGUGAGCACCACAGCAUCCCAGGGGAUUUCAGCAUCAGCGAUUCUAGCAGGAGGCACUCUUCCCUUGAAGGACAACUCGAACAUCCGCGAGAAGCCCCUCCACCAUAACUACAACCACAAUAACAACAACAGCUCCCAGCACUCACACUCGCACCAGCAGCAGCAACAACAGCAGGUGGGUGGCAAGCAGCUCGAGCGGCCACUAAAGUGCCUGGAAACGCUCGCCCAGAAGGCGGGAAUCACCUUCGACGAGAAAUACGAUGUGGCCAGCCCCCCGCAUCCCGGCAUUGCCCAGCAGCAGGCGACUUCAGGAACAGGCCCAGCAACGGGAUCAGGCUCAGUCACCCCCACAAGCCAUCGGCACGGAACUCCGCCCACGGGCCGCAGGCAAACCCACACCCCAAGCACUCCGAACAGGCCCAGUGCUCCCAGCACACCCAACACUAACUGCAACUCAAUUGCCCGCCACACCAGCCUCACGCUGGAGAAGGCGCAGAAUCCCGGCCAGCAGGUGGCCGCCACCACCACGGUGCCACUGCAGAUAUCCCCUGAGCAGCUGCAGCAGUUCUAUGCGAGCAAUCCCUACGCCAUUCAGGUGAAGCAAGAGUUUCCCACGCACACGACCAGUGGCAGUGGAACUGAACUAAAGCAUGCAACCAACAUUAUGGAAGUUCAGCAGCAGUUGCAGCUGCAGCAGCAGCUGUCGGAAGCCAACGGUGGAGGAGCAGCCUCGGCCGGAGCCGGAGGAGCAGCUAGUCCGGCCAACUCGCAGCAAAGCCAGCAACAGCAGCACUCCACAGCCAUCAGCACCAUGUCGCCGAUGCAAUUGGCAGCGGCCACUGGAGGAGUUGGCGGGGAUUGGACACAGGGAAGGACGGUGCAGCUAAUGCAACCCUCCACCAGUUUCCUGUAUCCCCAAAUGAUUGUGUCGGGAAAUCUGUUGCAUCCAGGAGGCCUCGGUCAGCAGCCAAUCCAGGUGAUCACCGCCGGCAAGCCAUUCCAAGGCAACGGCCCCCAGAUGCUUACCACCACGACUCAAAACGCCAAGCAAAUGAUCGGUGGCCAAGCGGGAUUCGCUGGCGGAAAUUACGCGACCUGCAUUCCCACAAACCACAAUCAAUCGCCCCAGACGGUGCUCUUCUCACCGAUGAACGUCAUUUCGCCACAGCAGCAACAGAACCUGCUGCAAUCAAUGGCCGCUGCAGCUCAGCAGCAGCAACUCACCCAACAGCAGCAACAGUUUAACCAGCAGCAACAACAGCAGCUUACUCAGCAGCAACAGCAGUUGACAGCUGCUCUGGCCAAGGUGGGAGUGGAUGCGCAGGGCAAGCUGGCCCAGAAAGUGGUUCAGAAAGUGACUACCACCAGUAGCGCGGUCCAGGCGGCGACGGGUCCUGGAUCUACUGGGUCAACACAGACCCAGCAGGUGCAGCAGGUUCAGCAACAGCAGCAGCAGACCACCCAAACCACUCAGCAGUGCGUGCAGGUUUCACAGUCGACUUUGCCAGUCGGUGUGGGUGGACAGUCUGUUCAGACUGCCCAACUUCUGAACGCUGGCCAAGCGCAACAAAUGCAGAUUCCCUGGUUCUUACAGAAUGCUGCAGGACUGCAGCCGUUUGGGCCAAACCAGAUCAUCCUGCGAAACCAGCCAGACGGAACCCAAGGCAUGUUCAUUCAACAGCAACCGGCGACGCAGACUUUGCAGACCCAGCAAAACCAGAUUAUUCAAUGCAACGUGACGCAGACGCCCACUAAGGCACGCACUCAACUGGAUGCACUUGCUCCCAAGCAGCAACAGCAGCAGCAGCAGGUUGGCACUACCAACCAGACGCAGCAGCAGCAACUAGCGGUGGCUACUGCCCAGUUGCAGCAACAGCAGCAGCAACUCACUGCAGCAGCUCUGCAGCGACCAGGAGCCCCUGUCAUGCCCCACAAUGGAACUCAAGUGCGUCCGGCCAGUUCCGUAUCCACACAGACUGCCCAGAACCAGAGCCUGCUGAAGGCCAAAAUGCGCAACAAGCAGCAGCCGGUGCGCCCCGCUUUAGCCACAUUGAAAACCGAAAUCGGUCAAGUCGCAGGACAAAAUAAGGUAGUAGGCCACCUGACCACCGUGCAGCAGCAGCAACAGGCGACGAAUCUCCAGCAGGUGGUUAAUGCGGCGGGCAACAAAAUGGUUGUGAUGAGCACAACGGGCACUCCGAUCACCCUGCAGAAUGGACAGACCCUUCAUGCAGCCACUGCGGCAGGAGUCGACAAGCAGCAACAGCAGCUACAACUGUUUCAGAAACAGCAAAUCCUGCAACAACAACAAAUGUUGCAACAGCAGAUUGCUGCCAUUCAAAUGCAGCAGCAGCAAGCGGCUGUUCAGGCCCAGCAACAACAGCAGCAACAGGUCUCUCAGCAGCAGCAGGUUAACGCCCAGCAACAGCAAGCGGUGGCGCAACAACAACAGGCAGUCGCGCAGGCUCAGCAACAGCAGAGGGAGCAACAGCAGCAAGUUGCCCAAGCCCAGGCGCAGCAUCAACAGGCUCUCGCGAAUGCCACUCAGCAAAUCCUUCAGGUGGCGCCAAAUCAAUUCAUCACGUCCCACCAGCAACAGCAGCAGCAGCAACUUCACAACCAACUGAUACAGCAGCAGCUACAGCAACAGGCGCAGGCACAAGUUCAAGCCCAAGUGCAGGCUCAAGCGCAACAGCAACAACAGCAGCGAGAGCAGCAGCAGAAUAUUAUCCAGCAGAUUGUGGUGCAACAGUCUGGAGCGACUUCUCAACAGACUUCCCAGCAGCAACAGCACCACCAAUCCGGGCAACUACAGCUAAGUAGCGUGCCCUUCUCAGUUUCUUCGUCAACGACGCCAGCCGGAAUAGCUACCUCUAGUGCUCUGCAGGCAGCCCUCUCCGCCUCUGGCGCCAUCUUUCAGACAGCUAAGCCGGGUACUUGCAGUUCCUCCUCCCCCACAAGCAGUGUGGUCACAAUUACCAACCAGAGCAGCACUCCUUUGGUCACCAGCAGUACGGUGGCCAGUAUACAGCAGGCUCAGACGCAAUCUGCUCAGGUCCACCAACAUCAGCAGCUAAUCAGCGCCACAAUUGCCGGAGGGACUCAACAACAGCCACAGGGACCGCCAUCACUUACACCCACCACAAAUCCAAUUUUGGCCAUGACCUCGAUGAUGAAUGCUACAGUGGGUCACCUUUCCACUGCUCCGCCUGUAACUGUUUCUGUGACAAGCACCGCUGUUACUUCGUCGCCGGGUCAGCUGGUUCUCUUAAGCACGGCUAGUAGCGGUGGAGGAGGUAGCAUACCAGCCACGCCCACCAAAGAGACACCUUCGAAAGGGCCCACCGCAACCCUGGUGCCCAUUGGUUCGCCCAAGACUCCUGUAUCAGGAAAGGACACCUGCACUACCCCCAAAUCAUCUACUCCUGCCACUGUCAGCGCAUCCGUAGAGGCCAGUAGUUCCACAGGCGAAGCCCUGUCCAAUGGAGAUGCCUCAGAUAGGUCUUCCACGCCGUCAAAGGGCGCUACCACUCCCACCAGCAAGCAAAGCAAUGCAGCAGUGCAGCCACCGAGUAGCACCACUCCCAACAGUGUCAGUGGGAAAGAAGAGCCGAAGCUGGCAACCUGCGGCAGUUUAACGUCCGCAACAUCAACUUCAACCACGACAACGAUCACCAAUGGGAUUGGAGUAGCCAGAACGACAGCCAGCACGGCUGUCUCAACCGCUAGCACAACCACUACCAGUUCUGGCACCUUUAUCACAAGUUGCACCAGCACAACCACAACCACCACGUCGAGUAUCAGUAAUGGAUCGAAGGAUCUCCCCAAGGCGAUGAUUAAGCCGAACGUCUUAACUCACGUCAUCGAUGGCUUCAUCAUCCAGGAGGCCAACGAGCCAUUUCCCGUCACCAGACAGCGAUAUGCAGACAAAGACGUCAGCGAUGAGCCGCCAAAGAAAAAGGCAACCAUGCAGGAGGACAUCAAGCUAAGUGGAAUAGCAUCAGCUCCAGGCUCGGAUAUGGUUGCUUGCGAGCAGUGUGGAAAGAUGGAGCACAAAGCAAAGCUGAAACGGAAGCGCUACUGUUCGCCAGGAUGCUCGAGGCAGGCAAAGAACGGCAUCGGUGGAGUUGGAUCAGGAGAGACGAACGGCCUGGGGACAGGUGGUAUAGUUGGGGUGGACGCCAUGGCAUUGGUGGACAGGCUGGAUGAAGCCAUGGCUGAGGAGAAGAUGCAGACAGAGGCCACCCCAAAGCUUUCAGAAUCGUUUCCUAUUUUGGGAGCCUCAACAGAAGUACCUCCAAUGUCACUGCCAGUCCAAGCGGCGAUUUCUGCGCCCUCGCCUCUUGCAAUGCCUCUAGGAUCGCCAUUGUCAGUUGCACUUCCAACUCUUGCACCACUGUCUGUAGUCACUUCUGGCGCGGCGCCCAAGUCUUCGGAAGUGAAUGGAACAGAUCGUCCGCCAAUCAGCAGCUGGAGUGUGGACGAUGUCAGCAACUUCAUUCGAGAACUGCCUGGUUGUCAGGACUACGUGGACGACUUUAUACAGCAGGAGAUCGACGGCCAAGCGCUUCUGUUGCUCAAGGAGAAGCAUUUGGUGAACGCUAUGGGCAUGAAGCUGGGUCCAGCUCUUAAAAUUGUGGCCAAGGUGGAGUCCAUUAAGGAGGUCCCGCCACCUGGCGAGGCCAAGGAUCCAGGAGCGCAGUAGGGCAGCUAGAGCACGAAAAGCCGAAAAAGAUGAUCUCCUAACCGAGCAGUGGACCUGGUUCAACCAAGUCUGUCGUGCCAGGUGAUUCUGAUUCAAUCGGGCAGGCGAAAAGGACGCGAAUCCAUUUGCAAAAUAUUAUUAGCAUCAGGCCAUCAGGUCUUAAACCCAUUGACUUUGUACAUACUCCCAAGAUCACUUAUAAGCAUAUUCAUUUAUAAAUUAAACUAACAGUCAACAGUCAAAAACGAAUGGAAUUACUUAAACUAAGGAAAAGCUAUGAAUUAAUUGCCAGCCAAGUAAAUGAAUAAAGUACAUUUUAUAAAUAAGCAUAAGUUUAUAGUCUAAGUAGCAUAUUAAUAACUCCCAACGUCAUGGAUAGUUUGUACAAGUAUUUUAAUCUUAGGAAUCAAAUGUAGCACUAUGAUUGUUCUAACAACUAAGAAUUUUAAGCCUAUGAAUAAUAAUUGAUAUCUAAAUGUGAAUUUGAACUUUUUACUAAAUAAUAUUUGAAUGCCUAGACCUAAGCUUUUUUUUCAAGAUUUUUUUUUUGCAAUUGCUGAAGAAAUUAAAAUGGCACUGAAUAGUGUUUAAUAAAUGUG